AUGAUAUGGGAAGCAGUGAGUUUUUUUACGCUUAAGGUAAAACCUUAUGUGGGCAGACUACGUCACAUUAGCAUAGUUUUUUUUAUACUUUGGAUAGUUGAUUUAUUUUUAAGCAUUUAUUGUGAAUCUUUGGUUCUCAACGUUAAUGCAUAUAUUGUAUUUAAUGUCUGGGUAUCACUUGCUGGAGCUGCAAUGUUGCACCACUAUAGCAGUAGUAGUUUGACUCUUCCAGAGAAGGUGGGGACAAAAAGUCUGCAAGUAACGCCACGCGGUAAUAAUCGCGUAAAAUCCAGGGAAACCUCUCCAUUGAGGGUAUCUGUUGCUGCCGAGAUAACUGAGGGGUUUUGCUUUGGGGUUAAUCGACUUCAUGUAUUGAUUUGUUUUGGUGCUGCUGUGUUCGUUGUCUUUGGCUGCCUUGCGUUAAUUGGCGAGUCUCUUCACCACGCCCUGCAUCCGCCGGACACCUCGCCGCUGCUGCUUCUCACAGUGGGCAUCGCCCACGUUCUCCUCUUCACGUACUACGCAGCGGAGAUCGACGCCUAUGAUCACAUCAGUGGACAGCCCCGCACUCUCACCGCGUUGAGGUCAAGCUUCGCCAACACGACGAACACGACUAGCUCGUCUAACACCCGUAAAGAGACGACUGUGAGUCCCACUGGGGUUCAUCCCGCUGCGAAUGCUAAUGCGGCCCGCAGGAGUUUAUGGUCUUCACUGCAGGUGGCCGCCGCCCGCGCAGCCGGUCCACUCGUCUGCGUGGUGUCGUGUCUCAUUCUGUGGAUGGGCGGCCAGCCGCUGUGGGCCCUCGUCGCUGUUCUGCUGCUCGCCGCACACACCGCCGUUCGCGCCGUCGCCAGUGCAAGGGCGAUGGCCGCGCUGCUCCUCAACAACGUUGUGCAGCAGCCGGCAGAUGUCGCCGCGUGUGAACGUGCCCUCCGCGCCGUGCGGCUCACGGACGGUGUACUGUUAGUGCAGUCAAGUAUUGUGUGGGAGGUCGCUCCAGGCGAACGUAUGGCACUUGUAAGAUUGCGUAUCACUUCAGAUGCAGAUCCCGCCGCGGUCUCUGCAGCCGCCCGGUCUAUUCUCGCUGGUAUUGCAACUCACGUCUUUGUGGAGGCACGUACAACCCAAGAUGAUGAGGAUGAUGAUGAUGAUGAAAAUAGCGGAAAUGACUCGUACUCCUCAUCUGCGCAUCAUCAUCAUCACUCUCAUUCUCAUUCUCAUGCUCAUUCUCAUUCUCAUGUUCAUCAUAACGGUGAGGGGCAUGAUCAUGAUCAUGAUCAUAGCCAUGAACAUCAUGGAGAAUGUACACUGGAAAUGGAACAUCUAACAGGGAUGAAUGAAGACCUUUCUAGUAUUGGUCGGUCAGGUGGCGAAGUGGCUUCUUCGGCUUCUAUUGGUGGAGAAAUGAUGUCUUUUCCGCAACCACCUAAGAUGUCUGCAGCAGAUCACACGGAACAGCAGACAAGACUGAGAGGAGCGGCAGUUGGAGGUAAUCUUCACACAACGAAAGCAACAAAGUCCUUCAACGUUGUUCCUCCACCAUUUCCCAAGCCACCCAUCUAG